UGUGAGCCUCGAAACGUUUGAUUGUGCUUGUUUUCAGUUACUUUCAUCGCCGACGAGAUUAACUAUUUUUGUUUUUGUUUGCGUUAUGUAUUUACGCCAGUCCCUCGCGGAGCUUAAUGAUGGGCACCCUUCCGGGAUAGUUGGACCGAAAUUUACCACUGUACGUGGCUUGACGUUGUUCACUUCAUUGACGAACUCUUCAUUGCUUCCAGGUAAGCUCAAGCUUGUGCACCAACUUUGUGAAUAGCUGAACGCGAAUGUUGGCAGGCUUUAUACAAGCUUCUUACGCAUAUAAACACAUUUUAUGGCCUCGAAUGCGCAAUCGCCCUUGACAUAGAAUAUUCGGGAAACGCGUCAUCGCUAUUUUUCUCCUAUCGUGGCUGUCAGUCUUAUAAAACGUGUGCAUCCAGCUCAAAGUAUGCGCAAUGAAACAAGGUCAACACGACGUUACAAUGCUACGGGCAACCGGAAUGCACCUGCCACCGACAGGACUCGAACUCGCAACCUCGUGUCCGGCACCCAGUGAGGUUACCGCUGUUACACUGCCGGUUUAGAGGGAAACUGACUGCUCUUUUUUGACUACAAUGAGUAUUAGAAGGACGGAGUCUGAGAUCUCUGCCUCUCCUGAACAAUAAUUUCUCCUCAUGUGACGAUGAUGCCGCAAGCAGUUCUCGCUCGCCCCUGGCUAGUGCAGCAAGACAAUGCGCAGGUGGCCGAAGACGGAUACGUUUCGCGUACGCAAACCGAGACCUCAGAGUAACCCUUGCACUUCGGGCAGCUGCCCCUGCGUGACAACCGCUCGGCCGACGCCAGCCCAAGACUCGUCAAGCGUCGGCAGCUCCCCAGUUGCUCUCUUCGCAGGCCGUCUAUCGCCGGGGGCGCCAGCGCCGACGAUCUGACAAGCGGCGCGCGCGCCAGCUUUUCUUCCUGGCUCGCGAGCUCGUUGUCGAGUCUCCGCUCGACUCCGGGUCCGCAUCGCGAGCCACUUGUGCCGUACGCAGCUUGUGGGACGGUGGCGUUGCGCGUGAUUGCCUCGGUGUUUUCCGAGGGUUGCUCGUGGUGGUGCCGUGCAGCAGACGACAUGCCGACGACUCGAGUGUCUUCGAGCAGACGACGGACUCACAGACAUCGGUGACGACGGCCGUGGAGCUGCUCGGGGUACCCAGGGGGAAGAGGCGUUCAUUUGCACCGAGAAACCAUGUUUCCGGCGCUGCCGGUCGGUCGUUUCGUGUUUUGUCUCAUUGCGGCGCUGGUGGCGUUGCAGCAACAGGCGGAAGUGGUGCGCGGGGACGAUAGUUCGUCGAGCGAUCUGGUUGUGGUGACGUCCGCAACGCUGACCGAGGACGAGCGAGAGCCGGGAUUUUGGGCCUCCUUCAGGACCUACGUACUCGGCGAGCGCGACGUCAACAGGCAUGACUGGCACCGGCGUUUCUUCAACCGGUACGUUCCUCUCUUCGGCGUCAUCACCCUGUCCCUGGUGGCGAUAGCUCUCUGCCUCAGCUACUGGUGCCAGGACCGCAACUCUCCCGAGACGGAGUCCUCCAGGGCGCACCUGGAGGAGCUGCGGCGAAUGCAGUGCGGCGAGAGGGUCGCCAUGUACACCAUGCCGCCCAGCACGGACACCUACACCCAGCAGGGGUGCCCGGGACACGACUUCUACGGUUACCCACCGCCGCCACCACGGUACAACUACGCCACGUUCGAUCCCAGGGUUCCACCGACUGGUCCACUGCAGCCCUCCGCGCCGCCUGCGUACCAGUCGCGAUGAUCCAGGCUGCUCGGAUCGCUCGAUCGAGACCUGGGGGUCGCAGCGAACCUGCGACACCCCCGCGGAAGUGACGCAGCUCCCAGACGUUCCCAAGAACAGCUCGACCACGUGACCACGUGACGCGUCCACGUGAGCGCCCGCGAUGCUCCUUUCCCGUGGAACCGCACGAGCCAAGACGCUUGCUGGAACACAGGCUGUCCGCGCUGCGGAGUUUGUCGCGCAUUUUUGAUGAGCAUCGCCGCGCAUCGAAAUCGAAGGCCCGCGAGCCCUUCUCGCCGCCGGACAACGACAGUCCAGACAGGUGGUCGUGUGCCUUUUUGGGAAAUUAAAAGCAACUUCUGCCCGUAUC